GCAUUGUGGCAGUGCCACGUCCGAUGCCUUCACAGAAGCUUCGAGGAUUAGCAUCCCCUCUUUCCUAUCCUCUCCUUUAUAUGAAGUCGAUCGCACCGUCCAGUCUGGUCUCAACCCUCCUGUUCAGUUUGUUUUCCCUCUACUCCCCUCUAGGGAUUGGGUUCCAAACUCUCUCUUCUCUCCUUUGCUCUACAAAUUCAUGUAUUUUCAGGGUUCUUGAACUUGAAUUUUGCUUCACUUCUCUGUAGCGCCCGUAUUGGUAACUUCUUUUCGAUACGAGUAUGUCCAAAUUUAAAUUUUUUUUCCUUUCCAUUUUUGUUGUUGUAUCAAUGAUUUUUUUUAUUCUUAUGUGAUUUGGGUUUCUGUAAAUUACAGUUGAUCUCUAAAUAGGAACUGAAAUCUAAAUUAGGGUUGAGAGUUAGUUGUUUAGUGGGAAUUGAUUUUUUAGGGUUCAGAUUUCGGCUAUGGAUCCACGUUUGAGGGGAUUUGUUGAUGCGAUGAAUGGUAUCGAAUUCAAUGGUCAAGCCUUUUUGACUGGUUCAGAUCAGUAUCCAAAUUUUGAAAAUGGAUUCACAUUUGAUGCUCACUCGCCUCUAGAUCUUAACUUCUUAGAUCAUCCUUUUCUUCCUCCUGAUGUGAACCUGGGUGUGUUUGCUCAAUCUUCGAGCUUGAGCCCAGAUGGAGAUUCUUCCGAUGACGGUGACUCUUCUGAUAGUUUUCUCAAGUACGUAAGCCAGGUGCUUAUGGAAGAGAAUCUGGAGGAUAAAGCCUGUAUGUUCCACGAUCCGCUGGCGGUACAAGCUGCUGAGAAGUCGUUUUACGACGUUCUUGGUGGGCAAAAUCCUACCUUCCGGAGUGAGCCCCCUGUUCAUGUUGACCAAGUUGUUGACAGCCCGGAUGAUAGCGUUUCGGGCAGUAGCAGUGACUAUGGUAGUUAUAGCAGUCGUAUCAAUGGUACUAGUAAUCUUCAGUGGAGUGCUGAUGCUCACAAUUCUGCGAACCAUCAGUGGGUUGUUGAUCCCGGUGAUCGUAACUACAAAUCCUCUUUCCUACAAAACCCUCUUCCUGAAAAUUAUGUUUUUGGGUCUGCUUUAGGAUCAGCUUCGCCGUCUUCUGUCACCUCUUCUGAUAGCUUCAGUAACAUCGGUAAUGGAGUUGUUGACUCUUCACCAAAAACAGUCUUGGUUCCAAAUAUUUUUAGUGAUAGUGAGUCGAUCUUGCAGUUCAAGAGAGGGGUAGAGGAAGCUAGUAAAUUCCUUCCUAAGGCUACUAAUCUUGUUAUUGAUCUGGGGAAUGGCACAUUGCCUCCACAAUCAAAGGUGGAGACUCAAAGGGUGGUUGUGAAGACAGAGAAGGAUGAGAGGGAGAAUUCACCUAAAUGGUUAAGGAGAAGAAAGAAUCUUCACAGGGCUGAUAUCGAAUUAGAAGAAGGAAGGAGAAGCAAGCUGUCAGCCGUUGAUUUGGAAGAAGACGAUGAUGAGCUAUCGGAGAUGUUUGAUAAGGUGUUGCUAUGUUCUGAUGAUAAAGCAGAGCCUUCUUACUAUUGUACUGGUGAUGAAGACUUGCAUAAUGGAAUUUGCAAUACCUGGCAGGUGUAUGGAAGUGCACACUCUAAUGGUGAAAAGACACGCAUUAGAAAGCAGUCCAGUGGGAAGGAGGUUGUGGAUUUUGGGACUCUGUUGAUUCAGUGUGCACAAGCCGUCUCUGCUGAUGAUCACCGGACUGCUAAUGAACUAUUAAAGCAGAUUAGGCAGCACUCAUCCCCUUUUGGUGAUGGUUAUCAGAGGUUAGCUCAUUGCUUUGCUGAUGGCUUGGAAGCACGCUUGGCAGGCACUGGGACAGAGAUUUAUACUGUCCUAGCUUCCAAGAAGGUGUCAGCGGCUGCUAUGUUGAAAGCUUAUGAACUUUUUCUUGCAGCCUGCCCAUUCAAGAAGAUCUCUGCUUUUUUUGCAAACCAUAUGAUUUUACGUCUAGCUGAGAAAGCAACAGUGAUUCAUAUCAUCGAUUUUGGUAUCCUAUAUGGUUUUCAAUGGCCCAUCUUCAUUCAACGACUCUCAGCCAGACCUGGAGGGCCUCCCAAGCUUCGAAUUACAGGAAUAGAGCUUCCCCAACCGGGCUUCCGGCCAGCAGAAAGAGUUGAGGAGACAGGGCGUCGACUGGCAAAAUAUUGUGAACGAUUCAAUGUUCCAUUUGAGUACAAUGCCAUAGCACAGAAGUGGGAAACUAUCCGAAUUGAGGAUCUUAAGAUUGACAGGAAUGAGGCGAUUGCUGUGAACUGUCUCUUCCGGUCUAAGAACUUACUUGAUGAGACAAUUGUGGUGGACAGCCCAAGGAAUGCUGUUUUGGGCUUAAUCAGGAAAAUCAACCCUCAGAUUUUUGUCCAUUCUAUUAUUAAUGGUUCCUACAAUGCCCCGUUUUUUGUCACACGGUUCCGGGAAGCACUGUUUCACUUCUCUGCAGUGUUUGACGUUUUGGAUAAUAACGCACCCCGUGAAAAUGAACAGAGGUUGAUGUUUGAGAAAGAAUUCUGCGGGCGGGAGGUGAUGAAUGUGAUCGCAUGUGAAGGAUCCCAGAGGGUCGAGAGGCCGGAGACAUACAAGCAGUGGCACGUUCGGACUCUGAAAGCUGGGUUCAGGCAGCUCAAGCUAGAUCAGCAGCUCGCAAAGAAAUUGAAGACCAAGGUGAAAGUGGGCCAUCAUAAGGAUUUUUUGGUUGAUAAAGAUGGGGAUUGGCUGCUGCAGGGUUGGAAGGGCCGAGUUCUCUAUGCUUCCUCCUGUUGGAUUCCCGCGUAAGAGUCCAGAACUGGACAAUCCUGGGGCUCCAUUUUCUUGUGCGCGUGCUCUGACUUCUUAUCGUCUUUUCAGAUGUAAGCUUUGUCCCAUUAGGGUCUUUAAUUUAAUUUAUAUUCAAACUAUGAAGGUAAUUGAUUGAAAUUUUGUAUGAUAGCAGUUUGGCCUAAUGCAUGUGAAUUUUUGUACCACGGUAUCUUCCUACAGAAUAAAUUGAAAAUAGCGUAAAUACUUUUUCUA